GGUCACACUGGCAAUUUUGUACCCGAAGUUGAAUUGCCGUUUUGCGAAGCGGAUAGUUACCUGCCGAUAAUCAUAAAUAAAAAUGUUCAAACUGGCCCGUAUGCUCCUGCCGCAGCAGCGGAUCCUGGCCAGCCCACUGCGCCUGCAGCGCCUGAUCUCCACCAGUGACGAGGUCAACGCAGAGCCCAUCCUCAAGUCCAUGGACACCAUUGGCGGCCUCCCCACCGAACUGGUCAACGAACAGAAGCUGAAGAAGACUAGCAGAACCUUAUCGACGCUCCAAAAUCACUCGGUUCCCAUUGCCGCUCGCGUCACGGUGUCGAAAGAUGAGAGUCGCGACUUUAUGGCCGUGUUCCCAGAUCUUGUGCGUGACAUCACCACCGUGACGAAGGCAUACAAUUGCAGCGAUGCGGCGAAAUGGUUCGCACAAGUCCUCCAGUACAAUGUACCCAGGGGCAAGAAGAAUCGCGGCAUCCUCACCGUGCUCACGUAUAAGAAUCUAGUGCCCGCCCAGGAUCUCACGCCCGAGAACAUAAAACUGGCCCAGUAUUUGGGCUGGUGCGUGGAAAUGCUCCAAAGUUUCUUCAUCAUCUCAGACGAUGUGAUGGACAACAGCACCACCAGACGCGGUCAACCCUGCUGGCACAAGGUGGAGAAUGUGGGCCUGACUGCGAUUAACGAUGCUCUUAUGAUCGAAAAUGCCAUGUAUGCCAUUCUCAAGAAGCACUUCAGCCACUUGGACUGCUAUGUCGCCCUAAUGGAGCUCUUCCACGAAAUCACAUACAUCACUACCUGCGGACAAUCGUUGGACCAAUUGAACUCGAACCGCUGUGUCUCGGAAUUCACCAUGGAAAACUACAAAGCAAUUGUCGAAAAUAAGACAGCAUAUUACUCCUUCUACCUUCCAUUCGCACUUGCCUUACACUUGGCUGGCUUUAAGGACGCAGAGGCCUUCCGCCAGUCUAAGACCAUUCUCCUAGAAAUGGGCAACUUUUUCCAGGUUCAAGACGAUUUCCUCGACUGCUUCGGUAAUCCGGAAGUGACUGGCAAAAUUGGAACCGACAUUCAGGACAACAAGUGCUCGUGGCUGGCAGUGGUGGCGAUGCAGCGAGCCAAUGUCGAGCAAAAGCAAAUCAUGGUCGAUUGCUAUGGCAAAGAAGAACCAGCUAAAGUAGAGCGAGUGAAAGAACUAUACAAGGAACUUGGACUGCCAUCCACAUAUGCCAUUUUCGAGGAGGAAUCCUACAACAUGAUUAAAACGCACAUACAACAAACCUCGCGCGGGGUGCCUCACCAGACCUUCCUGCAAAUACUCAACAAAAUCUACCAACGUGACUCCUAAAUUACUCGAGCGCAACGACUUUACGGAUACGUUUUUAAUUAAAUUGUAGUUUUAGCAUUUACAUGGAUGAACUGUUAGCAAGGGCUCAGCAAUUACAACCGAUAUGAACUUUUACUAUA